AUGGCACCACCGAAGGCUUCUCUGCCAGCCCGUCUCAUUGCGGGUGAUUUCCUGGGAUUUAACUGGAACAAGAUUACAUGGAUGGCACCUUAUAAUAACUUCUAUCCCAUCACUGUUUGCGGUGGUUUGGGCGGUCGUCUUUGGUCCUCCUUCAUUCAAUACGGACACUUCCACAACCGCGCGACGUGGGUGGCCUUCCGCAACGGUGUGCUCGCCGUUCCGUCGCUGUUGGCCGCGUUUGUGAUGAUCUCCAACGUGGAUUGGUACGAGGCACUCGCCUGCGCGUAUUAUUUCCCCGGCUGGCAGAUCCCCCAGUGGGCACAGGAGAAGCACAAUGAGGAGAUGGUCUAUCUCUCAUGGAAUAAGCCAGGUGCGAUGGCCAAGCACCACUACGCGGGUUCUGUCUCUAUUCCUGGAUCAGAGAAACUCAUCGCGUAG